AUGCUAAGAAAUUUCUUUGGAAAAUACAUUUCUUCAGGCACAGCUGUUCCUUUUGUAUCCAUUAAAAGGACAUCAUGUGCUCGUGUGCAUUCAAUGACUCAAAGGAAGCCUCGAAUAGUGAGAAGAAUGUAUUCAUCGGGAUUCAAAAAUGAUGAUGGUAUGAAUAAUAAAUUCUUUGCUCGAUGGUUUAUUAUCGUGGCUCUUUUUGGUACUGCUGUAUUUGUGAAAAUUGCGCAUAGUAUCAAAGAGGACAAGCACAAUACUACAUUCAAGAAUAAAAACAAGUCUUAUUCACCAGAAGAAUGGCAGGAGCGUAUUGCUGAUAUCAAGAAGAAGCGCUUUUCGUUUACUUCGGGUGAAGAAUUCUACCUCUUUCCCUUUCCACCGAAUUCUUCGAACAGUGCUGAUCAGCUUGUCAAGAAGUUGGGUGGCCAAGAAAGCGUAGGUGUCAUUGAUCUUAAUCAGUUAAUUAAGGAGCAAUUGGAGGACCCUAAUUCGCAGUUUGGUCGGUUAUUAAAUGAUACGCUAGAUAAGGAAGAUGAUAAAUUGGAUGCUUGUCAUUAUAAGUUCACCUAUGUUUUAGCUCCUGGUGUGUUUACACAGCUAGUUAAGGACAGGGCUUUGAAACUGCGUGAAGAAAAUUCCAAGAUUUCUCGAUAUGUGGUGUUGAACUACCCAAACACCAUUGAGGAAGCUGUAAAAUUUGAGCAGAAGGUUGCCACCGUGACGAAAUUGUUGUUCUCUGGUAAAGAGCCGAAAGACAAUAAUAUAGUUGAUUACUUCAGCACUGUCGAUAAAGUUCAAAGUGUUGAUAAGAUACCAAAAAUGGAGCCAAAGUUGAUUUCCCGUGAUAUAGUUCCCGAAAAGCUUGAGCAGAUAUCACCUGCCGAUUCUCUCGAUGAGAAACCAGGUGAGAACUCCUCUAUGAUCAGAAGAGCUCAGUAUAAACUUAGACAAAUGGGAGAGCCCAUUCGAAGGUACGGUGAGAAUGACAAAGACGUUAUCGACAGGUUAUCACAACUCAUAAAGCAUUAG